AUGCAGUCAAUUCUCAAGCGAAUAUGGGAGUGGUUCAAAGAACAGAAUCUAUUCAGUUCAUCUUUUUGGGUCCUUGGUCAUCUUGAUCCUUCCAACUUUAUUCCCCGGGAGGCCUUUGACGAAUUUGCCACUGGCUUGGGGUUAAAGCCCUUGGAGAAGAGACGACUUGAGAAGGCGGUGAACGGAGCCAUUGAAAGAUAUGGCGGUGGCGCUCCGAAGGACAAAGAUCCAGCCAAGGAGGCUUCCAUCGCACGAGCAGACUCUACGCAGGCCCCGCAGGAAGCGGUAGCAGCCACUGCGGAGAAGAAAGAUGAACCUGCAGACAAUGUGCCAAGCAAAGAUGCACCGGAGACGGCGAAGGAGGCUCCGAGCGAAGCCCCCAAGGAAGAAGCACCGAAAGAGGCAGUGGUGGAGGAGCAAACGGUGGAGGAAAGUGCCAGGCCGCCUCAAGAGGCAGAGAAGCCGGAUCCCGCAGCCGAGCUGCUAGCAGCACAGGCUGCAGGAGAUGCAACUGCCUUAGCAGCUGCAAUACCCAAAGCUGAUGCAGCUGGAGUGGAUGCAGAUGUCUUAGCUGCAGCCAAAAAGACUCUCUUCAAGCUUCAAAAGGAGAAAAGAGAUAAGAGCAAGUUGGAACGCGCCAAGAGCCAAGCUGCAAGCGAGCUGGCGGCGGCUGCACAAGGGGACAAUGCUGAGGAGCUGCGGAAGGCCAUUCAAAAGGCUCAGGAUGCUGGACUGCUGGUGGAGGAAACGACCUUGGCUCGUUUGGAUGUCUUGGAACAGCAGGAAAAGAAGGAGUGCAUCAAACUUGCUUUUGAAGACCUGGAGUGUGCGAUUUCCCAAGAUGACGUUGAGUCCGCGAACCUGGCACUGGAAGAUGCAUCCAGCAUGGGGGCAUCCCCAGAGGAACUGAAGGAGGCUGAGGAAAAGAUUGCAGCACUGCGCAUGAAGCUAGACCCGGAGGGUGAGGCUCGUCGACGUCGUGUGGAGGCCAGAAAGUCUCAAGGCACCGAAAAGAAGUGGAAUUAUUCGGGCAAAAGUGACAAUCGCAUCAUCAAUGACCGAUUUAGAGAACACGAGGCGGAGCUGGAACGUCAACGAAUGCUGGCCUUCCGGGCGCGUGGGCGCUUCCGCGCGGAGGAUGAAGGUGAAGAGGGGGCAGAGAAAGGUGUCCGGAAACUGCGGGCUGAGGUCAGCAAAGAAUUGGGCGCCGUGCCUCUUCCAAAGCUCAACGAGGGACAAGCUUCUGGCUUUGCCUGGGGCCGUGUGCCAAAGGAGGAAACGGAAGCACCUCGACGUAUCUCUCUGCAAGUCCACUCGGAAGCUGGCGCUGGGGUUGAUCUGCAUCCGUCAUGGUGGGGGAUGGUGGUGGAUGGCAUUGAUCCGCAGCCCGGUCAACCCGGACUGCGGCUCCGAGACACCUUGGUGGAGGUGAAUGGCACCUCGCUGAUGGAGUUGUCAGACCAGGACUGCGAACAGAGAUUCUUGGAUCUUUUUGGAGAUGGAUGCAACGUCAAGGUGGAACCUUUUGUGCAGGUCAGUGGCAUUUUAGCACCUCCAGCAGCUGUGGACAAGACGUCUAUGCAGAGUGAUUUGGAGCGCUUCGCAGCGGACUACGGCAUAGAGCUGCGAAUGGAGGAUGCCGGUGGCAACAAUGUGCGAGUCCACAUGGAAGGUUCCCAGUCUGCUGUGAAAUCUAGCAAGCCUGAGUUGCAGAAUCUCAUGCAGUUUUAUUGCCAAGCUAGUUGA